GGGUUUGAACGCUAUGUGAUCAGCAGGCACGUGAGGAUACAGUCUAGCUCUAGAUGGUGUCCAGUUACAGAAAGGGGGUAGCAUUUUGCUCUCAGUACCUGAGGAAAGCCGCUCCAAGGGCAUAGGAGUCACACACAGAGCACAGAGGCAGCACACAUACAGAGAGUGCUCAGCCCCAGUCCAGAGGAAUUCCACUGUGAGAAACCAAAGUCACUGCCUGAUUCUGUUUCACUUCAGCAAGCUUGAAUUGAAUCCAUUUUCAAGGUAUUGAAUUACUGAAUGUUUGGUUUUUGGAUUGCUAUCAUGUAUAAUUUCUUAGCCUACUGUAGCUGUCCAUGACUCUGAGAAACACUUAAGUAUGUAAUACUGUACCCUAGUAUAGUUACCAUAUGGAUGUGUUGCUAGUGCUGGUUGGGUGUCACCAUCUAUGCACCUGAUAGCUAUGGGAAACAUUUCAGAUGUUUGACAAACAAAAGCAAGCCAAAAAUUAGUUAUUCUCUAGGCCCCCUUGUGCCGUACAAUAAGUGUGUGUAACAGGCUAAAGGAAAGUUUAUUCAUAGGAAGUCUGCAUCAUCACAAUUGAUUUGAAAAUGUAAAUGUUAGCUGAAGGGAAUGAAUUGUGUCAUUCUUCAGUUGAUAUUGUUAAAAACUAAAUGUAACUAAAUCUAAACUUUUAACUGACCGGAUACAUAUUGUAAAGCUAUACUGGAUAAAUAUCCAUUUGGCAUUGAUGGCACUGUAUUAUGUAUUUGGCACUGUAUUAUGGCACUGAUUAUCUAUUUAUUCAAAUAUGUUUUAGGAAUACACCAUGCAAUAUGUUUUGUUAUGUGGUUGGUGGUGUAGUAGACAUACCCUUCCUAGUCUGCAGUGUUUAUAUUUAGAAACCGGUCCUACUUCUGAGCGCAUGCCAGCAACCUAGGCUACACCGGCCUCUAUAACUGCCGUUUCAACUUUACCCUACUUGGCUGCCGGCCCGGUAUAUGACAUGGAAAAAUAAAUUCAAGCCAAACUUGUCAGUCAACCGGGCCACAACAUAAACAGACUUAUGACCUCCACAUACAGUUUGAAAAUAUUAAACUAAUCCUUGAAAUUACAAAAGGGCUGCCUAGGGCUAUUUCUUAGUCAUUGUUUCCAUGAGUCUAUGAAAAUGAACGUUUCUCUCACCUGAAAUUGAUGAAGGUUCGACUUCAUUCCCGCAUGCAUCCAUUCCCACCCGUUAGCCUAAAGUUGGUUUGGUUUUGACCGUUAGGCUAUAGAGCAAUAGUAAUGGCGUCUUUUAGUAGGCACUAACUCCGCCAUGGCUCGUUGGCCAAAGCCUAUGGGAAAAUGAAUGGGUUUUUUUGGAGAGUUUUUGGAUAAAUGCCGAAAAUAAGGUCUGUGGUAAACACAGGCUUAGGAGGUCUUAUACAUUGGCUACCAAACUUAAACUUGUCUCAAGAAAAAAUGUGUGUGGCAAAGAGCUGAAAAAAACCCUGCCGAACAUCUAAAUUAACAAAAACGUCACAAGAUGGCGUCAUUAUAUAUUUGUGCGACAGGCUUAAGCCUGUGUUAACCUCAGACCUUAUUGUCGGCAUUUAUCCCAAAACCCCAUUCUUUCCCCAUUCAUUUCCCCCAUGGGAAUGGCUGAACAAACCAAAAAUAACCAAUUUCCAGGUUUUUAGGAAUAGAAGCUGGCGAGCUCUAUUUGAUAAUUGCAGAUUUUAUAUAUUAUAUAUAUCGUCACACAAUGAAGUUGGAAUAAUACUGUGAAAUUGUGAAAAUGAUGAUAAUGCGCUUUUAGUGUAAGAGCUGUUUGAAAAGGCCUCCUGAAAUGUUUGCUUGUUUUGCAUGGGCGGGGUUUUGGACCGCCGGCGACAUCAUCAAGCAGUAGAAGUUGAUAGACCAAUAACAAAUACAGUUUGCCCUCCUCUCUGCCAAUAACAGUUAGUUUUCAGGAGACCUAUCCCUCCCAUUAGGCUCCUCUAAUUAGGCCCCUCACUCAGACCCCUCCCAGACAGUCCUAGACAGUCUUGCUUGAGAAAUUGCUUCCUGCUAUAAAGCUAUUUUUAUUUAUUGUUGACCAUUUUAAUUGAAAACAAUAACAGUAACUUAAUUGUUACCCAGAAAUAAGUUGAUAUUGAGAUAAAAAUGGGCUGCAUUGGACCUUUAAUAUGGAGGAAUUAAAAAUAACCUCUCUUUUGUAUACUAGUGGUGCAAGACUACGCUGAAAAUGUUGACUCAAUAGUGCACUUUAUGAUAAAAUAUAUGAUAAUCAAGAUGUAGAUAUAUGUACCCUAAAAAUAUAUAGAUAUGGAGCCACCCCAGAGUGGGGGCGUGGCAACCACUAGAACAAAAAAAUUACUGAAAAAUGUAAAAACAUAUUUAGAUUCCAGUCAAUGUCUAUAUACCAAGUUCAGAUGCAAUUGGAAAUUAGUUGAUAGUCCAUAGCGUUUAAAAAGUUAUAGAUAAAAGUCUAACGGCACCGGCGCCCAUAUCGCCUAUAACGCCCAUAUCGGUGGCUAUCUUAGGUCAUACCGGUACGUCAGACAGAUCACAGAAAUACAACACUUUAAAUGAAUAACAUAAACAUUUUCAGGACAAGUUGCUAUGGAUGAAUUUGAUCAAAGUAACUGUUAAAAACAUGAAAAACAUACAAAAACAUCGAAUUUGACCAUAAAUGUGUGAGCAUUUAAAAAUAUAUACUUAUUUUGGGGAAUUAAAACCAAUAACGUGUUACAAAAGGUUAAUGAAAGAAAGUGUUACUACUUGACAGACAGUGUCUCUUUGCAAUCAUUACCAAUUUGGGGUAAAAAUCGACCCCUGUUGGCACUUUUAAGAUAAAAAUAUGUUGGCUCAUUUAGGGUUAAAAAAGUUAAACGCAUCUCUGUCUAUAUCUCGCUCUGUUUUUAACAGGGUCUUCGACGUCACCGGGAUGGCAGAGGCACAUCAGGCAGUUGGCUUCCAGUUCACCGUCACCCCAGACGGUAUCGACCUCCACCUGAGCCGCGAGGUACUCAAACACAUCUACCUGUCGGGAGUGACGUCAUGGAGAAAGCGCGCCAUAAGAUUUAAGGUUUGUUUUCCAAUUAUUAAGUAGCCCUACAGUCAUUACCAAUCCUGAACCUGAUAGCUAGCUUGGUUUUUGUUGCAGUCCAGCAAUAAAACAACUUAUUCAAGUUAUUAUUAUUGCCUUGAUUGAUUCAGGUGUGUGUAGCCUACUGCUGGGCUGGGACAAAUGCUUGCACAUCUAGGAAUAGCCUUGUUGGUCUGUUUGUAGGCUAACUAUCUAAAUGAACAUUGAAUUAUAUUAUUUUAUUUCAGAAUGGGAUAUUGACAGGGGUCUACCCUGCCAGCCCAUCCAGUUGGCUGAUUGUGGUGAUAGCCAUCAUGAGCACAAUGUAUGCCAGGAAAGACCCAUCACUGGGAAUGAUAGACACCAUCAAGAGGACCCUGUCUGUCAGGUCUGUGAGAAAAUAACACAAUGAUGAACAUGCAUUGGGGAACAGCAAUGCAGCUUCUUUUCGACCUGUGGUUAUCUGUGGAAAGAAAUUCCCAGUGAAGGAACAAUAAACAUAAUUUAGAUUGAUUGAUGGUUAGAUAUUUUGCCUAAUGCUAUUUUGUUGUGAUACAAUGAGGUAAAGUUGUGUUCUCUCCUGUGUCCAGUGGCUACAGACAGUGCAGAGCAGACCCAGACAGUGAUGAGUGCCAUUCCAUUUUAAAACAAUUUUAAAUAAUGUGCUUGCUGCAGUACCUGACUGUAUUUUCUCCUCUCCCCUAUCUCAUCUCUCCUCUCUCCAGUGGCUACAUGACAGUGCAGACCCAGACAGUGCUAAGUGCCAUCCUGUUUGCCACAGGGCUGUGGCUCUCUCUCAUCCUCACGCGGAGGUACACUCUCAAGGCCCUUCUCUCCUACCACUCCUGGAUCUUCGAGUCCCACAGCAAAAUGAGCUUCUGCACCAAACUCUGGCUGGUACCUCUGUCAAAUGUCUCUAUUUCAAAAUCAACAUGAUCAAAAGAGCAGCUCACUCAUAUUUUUACAUUUUAGUAAUUUAGCAGACACUCUUAUCCAGAGCGACUUACAGUUAGUGAGUGCAUACAUUUUUCAUACUGGCCCCCCGUGGGAAUCAAACCCACAACCCUGGCGUUGCAAGUGCCACGCUCUACCAACUGAGAUCCAGGAGGCCCACUCAUAGCUCAGAAUCAAGACAAUAUCUUGUCUGAGCUCAGUAUUUGAUUAUUCUGACAAUUAACCCAGUCAUUGUGGUGUGUUGUUUCUCCUCAGAGUCUGGUGAAGAUGUUCUCUGGGCGCAGACCACUCCUCUACAGCAUCCAGACCUCCCUACCCAGACUACCUGUGCCUAGUGUGGACGACACCAUAACCAGGGUGAGAGAAAGAGAGGUGUUUAUGUGUCUCAUAUGCUUGGUUGAAAUAAAAUAUCAAACUGAUAAUUUGUUCAGGAGAGACCAGGACCAGUGUAGAACCGUAUAUGUACACUACAUAUCAGUAUUAUAUAAUAUAAUGCUCUAUGACCUUGCAGUACCUGGAGUCAGUUCGCCCUCUGCUGGAUGAUGAUCAGUACAACCAGAUGGAGGUGGUGGCCAAUUCCGAUUGUUUCAACGUGUCAUGUUAGGUUACAUUAAACAAUAGUGUUGGUAGCGUUAUUUAAGAUGCAUCCAGUAACCCUUCCCUAAUGCUGUAUUGAUGAUCUGAUUUAGGAUCUGCUGUACGUGACUCCCACACACAGACAGGCAGCUCGAGCAGGGAAUGUGGUUCACGCUAUGCUGCAGUACCGCCGCAAACUAGAGAGAGGAGAACAUGCACCGGUAAGGAAAACCCCUAUCUCUGUCUCUCUCACCCCCCUUCUCUCCCUCUCUGUACCCCUGAGAGUAUUUAGUUCGCUCCCCCAUUUCCCCUUUGACACUCGGUCCUCUCUCUACCCCCUAAAUAACCCAGGUCAUCUUCCUCCUCCUUAUCUGUUAACCUAAAUCAUCCUCCCACUGCCUUUGACUUAUUUCUACUCUACUAAAGUAACCCCACUCUUUUCUCUUUUCUCUCUCUCUCUCUCUCUCUCUCUGUCUUUUCCCCCUCUCUCUCUCUCUUUCUCUCUCUCUCUGUCUUUUCCCACUCUCUCUUUUCUCUCUCUCUCUUUUCUCUCUCUCCCUCUCUGUCUUUCUCUCUCUAGUUGAGGGCUCUGGGGGUGGUGCCCAUGUGUUCUUAUCAGAUGGAGAGGAUGUUCAACACCACACGUAUUCCUGGUAUAGAGACAGGUGAGCACACUGCUGCCUGCUGGGGGCAUAACACUAUUAGUCUAUCGCUGGGUAGUUGCAUGACUAAAUAUGAUCAUGCAUUUGUGUCAGACACAUCUUCCGACGAUCUUAGACAAAAGCUAUAAUUCAAGAGAAGCGUUAUGUGCAUCCUCCCACCCCCCAAAUAAUGUUCUAUGUCCUCUCCUCUCCCCCUCUCCUACUCCAUGGUCCAGACUUUGUUCAGCACCUGGUGGUGUACCAUAAGGGGCGCUUCUUUAAGGUGUGGCUGUACUAUGGGGGACGUCACCUCUGGCCCUCUGAGCUGGAGACUCAGUUCCAGAGGAUCCUCAACGACACCACAGUGCCACAGCCUGGGGAACUCAAACUGGCUGCCCUCAUAGCCGGCAACAGGUAUACACACAUAGGCAUGAAAGCGCACGUGCAAACACACCUGCACACACACACACAGGGGCACACAUACUCAACAGUUUCCUGUGUGUAUCAAGAAUGGUCCACCAUCCAAAGGACAUCCAGCCAACUUGACAUGAUUAAUUGGGAUGUGUGUUGUGUGAGUCUAAUGAUUGCUGUGCUAUCUCUGUGUAGUAUGUCCUAGCAACAGACUGAUUCCAUCUGGGCUACACAGGGGGGCACUGCAAAGGAGACAUCAACAAGGGCCUGCCUCCCCCCGCCAAACUACAAUGGGACAUUCCACUGGAGGUAUGGCUUCUAAUGUGUUAGGGAUAAAAGUUGUACCUUUAGUAAAGAGGAAAAGGGAUGAAUGCAAAUUCUCUCUGCCCUGUGUCUUGUCUGACCCUGUAUGUCCCCUGGUCUCUCCUCCUCCCUCAGUGCCAGGUGGUCAUCAUCGAGGAUUCCUACAUUGUUGCCAAAGAGAUAGCUGAUGACGUGGACUUCCAUGGCUGUCUGUUUGACGAGUUUGGGAAAGGCCUGAUCAAUGACAGUACGACCAGUCCUGAUGCCUUCAUACAGCUAGCACUGCAUCUGGCCCAAUUCAGGGUAUGACUGUGUGUGCGUGCAUAUGUGUGUGCAUUUUGUCAUGACACCUGACCUGAUGUCAACGAAUCAUACCAGACAAACAACACAACACAAUGAUUGGGUUAACAUUAACAACACAAGACACUAUCACGUCCCUAGCAAUGCAUCUGAAUGUAUUUGUUGUAUAUGUGUUGUAGGAUAAGGGGGAGUUCUGUCUGACGUAUGAGGCCUCGAUGACCCGGAUGUUCUGUGAGGGUCGGACAGAGACGGUUCGCUCCUGCACCUCAGAGUCCACAGCCUUCGUCAGAGCCAUGGAGGACAAGAACACUACGGUGAGGACACGCCUUUGUUAAUCAUGUCAGAGGCAGUAUAGAAUGCACUAAUGACAACACAAGUGCAGGAACAGUCACCUUCCACUUACAGUUGAAGUCGCAAGUUUACAUACACCUUAGCCAAAUGCAUUUAAACUCAGUUUUUCACAAUUCCUGACAUUUAAUCCUAAUAAAAAUUCCCUGUCGUAGGGCAGUUAGGAUCACCACUUUAUUUUAAGAAUGUGAAAUGUCAGAAUAAUAGUAGAGAGAAUUAUUUAUUUCAGAUUUUAUUUCUUUCAUCACAUUCCCAGUGGGUCAGAAGUUUACAUACACUCAAUUAGUAUUUGGUAGCAUUGCCUUUAAAUUGUUUAACUUGGGUCAAACGUUUCGGGGAGCCUUCCACAAGCUUCCCACAAUAAGUUGGGUGAAUUUUGGCCCAUUGCUCCUGACAGAGCUGGUGUAACUUAGUCAGGUUUGUAGGCCUCCUUGCUCGCACACGCUUUUUCAGUUCUGCCCACAAAUUUUCUAUAGGAUUGAGGUCAGGGCUUUGUGAUGGCCACUCCAAUACCUUGACUUUGUUGUCCUUAAGCCAUUUUGCCACAACUUUGGAAGUAUGCUUGGGGUCAUUGUCCAUUUGGAAGACCCAUUUGCGACCAAGCUUUAACUUCCUGACUGAUGUCUUGAGAUGUUGCUUCAAUAUAUCCACAUAAUUGUCCUUCCUCAUGAUGCCAUCUAUUUUGUGAAGUGCAGCAGUCCCUCCUGCAGCAAAGCACCCCCAACAUCAUGAUGCUGCAACCCCUGUGCUUCACGGUUGGGAUGGUGUUCUUCGGCUUGCAAGUUCCCCAUUUUUCUUCCAAACACAACGAUGGUCAUUAUGGCCAAACAGUUAUAUUUUUGUUUCAUCAGACCAGAGGACAUUUCUCCAAAAGCUACGAUCUUUGUCCCCAUGUGCAGUUGCAAACCGUAGUCUGGCUUUUUUAUGGUGGUUUUGGAGCAGUGGCUUCUUCCUUGCUGAGCGGCCAUUCAGGUUAUGUCGAUAUAGGACUUGUUUUACUGUGGAUAUAGAUACUUUUGUACCUGUUUCCUCCAGCAUCUUCACAAGGUCCUUUGCUGUUGUUCUGGGAUUGAUUUGCACUUUUCGCACCAAAGUACGUUCAUCUCUAGGAGACAGAACGCGUCUCCUUCCUGAGCUGUUUGACGGCUGCGUGGUCCCAUGGUGUUUAUACUUGCGUACUAUUGUUUGUACAGAUGAACGUUGUACCUUCAGGCGUUUUGGAAAUUGCUCCCAAGGAUGAACCAGACUUGUGGAGGUCUACAAUUUUUUUUCUGAGGUCUUGGUUGAUUUCUUUAGAUUUUCCCAUGAUAUCAAGCAAAGAGGCACUGAGUUUGAAGAUAGGCCUUGAAAUACUUCCACAGGUACACCUCCAAUUGACUCAAAUGAUGUCAAUUAGCCUAUCAGAAGCUUCUAAAGCCAUGACGUAAUUUUCUGGAAUUUUCCAAGCUGUUUAAAGGCACAGUCAACUUAGUGUAUGUAAACUUCUGACCCACUGGAAUUGUGAUACAUUGAAUUCUAAGUAAAAUAAUCUGUCUGUAAAAAAUUGUUGGAAAAAUUACAUGUGUCAUGCACAAAGUAGAUGUCCUAACCGACUUGCCAAAACUACAGUUUGUUAACAAGAAUAUUGUGGAGUGGUUGAAAAACGAGUUUUAAUGACUUCAACCUAAGUGUAUGUAAACUUCCGACUUCAACUGUACCUGCUAUACAUGCUAGACAUAGACCAUCAGACGUUUGACUGUAUCUGAUGUUAAACACAGUGUGGGUGCAGCACUGCAGGUCAGUAGUUCCACAGUCAGUAGACUUAUCUGUGGGAGUUACUGAUAGAGAGUGACAUGAUGUAACUCUGCCAGUAAGGCUCAGGUCACUCUGACUCUGAGAACUAGGUGACCAGGACCCAAAUGUCUGUUUCUGGACUCUGAUCUCUGAACUCGGCCAGCUACUGGCUAUGCACUUUUUGCUUUUGCUCCAGCCUUGCACUAACAUACCUGAUUCAGCCAAUCAAGGUGCUGAUAAACAGCUGAUAAGUAGAAUCAGGUGUGUCUGAGUAGGGCUGCAGCAAGUACCUGCACACUAAGUAGCUCUCCAGGUGGAGGGUUGGCCACCACUGCUCUAUCCGUUGUGUUUUUGAGCUGGAUCUAGGUUUUGAUUGAAUAUCCUCUGUUGUCUCUGUGGAAAGAGUGCCCAAAGGUUGGACCUCUUCCGAAAGGCUGCAGACAAACACCAAAACAUGUACCGUCUGGCCAUGACAGGCUCUGGCAUCGACAGACACCUCUUCUGUCUCUACAUUAAGUACCUCAGCAUCGACUCACCAUUCCUCAAACAGGUGUGUGUGUGUGAUGUUAACACCAUUAUAUGUGUUAAGUGAUACUUUGGCGCCCCCCCCCCCCCCCCCCCCCUUCUCCCUCUGUUUAGGUGUUGUCAGAGCCCUGGAGGUUGUCCACUAGUCAGACUCCUCAACAGCAGCUCAACAUGGUCGACAUCAACAAGUUCCCCAGAUACGUGGGCGCAGGAGGAGGGUUCGGCCCUGUGAGUCUGUCGCACGCCCGCACACACAGACAUACACAUUUGGUAAGAAAUUAGCUGGUACCAGAAUCUCAAGUUCUACUGCCAUUGUGUCCUCUGUUACUUUUUCUACAUCUGCUUUUACUUCUAUGAAGUGGUCAGAGUUAGGGUUGAGUGGUACUGAUGUGUCUCUCCUGUGCCCCCAUGUGGCUGAUGACGGCUAUGGCGUCUCUUACAUCAUUGUAGGAGAGAACCUCAUCACAUUCCACAUCUCCAGCAAGUUCACCAGCCCUGAGACAGUGAGACCACUGUCUAACACUACACAAACCUACUGAACCAUGCAGUAUAUAGCCCUCACAUAUUACCUUAAUGGCAAUUUAGGUGGAUAUUUAUCAGGUCAAACAACUGUCUUGUUCUCUGUAGGGCUCGUACCGCUUUGGACAGAAUAUUUGA